AUGGAUAUCGCAGGUGAUCGAUCGUGGGAGAGGAGGAUGCGGCGGAUCCUGAACCUGGGGCUGUUUGACGGGGCCAAACGCGCGUAUUCGCUGCGGCGCCUCGACCUGCAGGAGCUCUCCGAUGUCAAGUUCUUCCACCCGACGGCACAAGAGGCGGCCGCGCAUGGCAAGGUGCUGCCGACGCUGACGCCCGCCAAGGCUUGUGAGCUCGACAGGAAAAGAAGGACCCGCAACACCCGAGAUCUGGCGACGGCGACGCCCAUGAUCAAUCCGCCAGAAAGCGAGCUGCUCCUGAGGCCACCGCAAGUCUCCUACUCCAUACGGAGCCCUCGCGCCGUUCAUUUCCUGCCCACCUUCACAGAGAGCAAGGUCGUCUUGGCCGACUGGGGCAACCGCAUGUUACGCGCCGACAUCAUCGACGGCUGCUGCUACGUCGACACCCUGCCAGGCCUCCACGGCUUCAAGCACUCGCCGCUGUCCAUCUCCGUCCCUCCUGCCAAGUUACACCGCCUUGACGGCCAAGACACCGGCGACCUCUACAUCAUCGACAGCGUCCUCCAUCCCAACAAGGCGGAGGUACGACCGCAGUUCGAGGCCCUGGUGUGGAGGGGUUUCACCACGUCCAUCGUGUCUGACAGGUUCUGGCACUGCGACAUCCUCCCGCUGCCGCCGUGGAUCACCCACCACAGGAAUGCCUUCGUCUACGGUCACGCCCUCGUCGGCGACACCAUCUGCUUCUCCAUCUCUAGCUAUGGCUCCGAGUGCGAAGAAGGCACCUACUGCUUCCACACCGCGACUCGUGAGUGGAGCAAAGCUGGCGACUGGCUCAUGCCCUUCUAUGGCAAGGCGGAUUACGUCCCGGAGCUUGGACUCUGGUUUGGCAUCUCUUCAGAAGGCAACCUCCCCUGCGCUGCCGACAUCUCCGGCGUCAUCAAAGGGGAGGAGCCACCACCGGACAAGAUUCGGAUCUGGGUACAUGAUGACAUGCCAGCGGAGUGGCAGCCAAGCCUAUUGUCCAAGCCCAGGAUCACCAGCCUUGGUUCUGGCAGGUUCAUGGUCGUAGACUUCUUGGAUGCCAUGGUAUUCAACAAGGACUGCAACGAGAUGUGUGUUGACAAGCGAUUCGCCCUCUUCACCGGUAUGGAAGUAGCCUACAGCAACGGCAAAGUCAAGAAUAAUAGCAGAAAUGGUGCCAUCAAAGACAAUGGCAAUGAGAGUGGCAACGAGAAUGGCGACAGAGUCAAGAAUAGCAGAGAUGGUGCCAUCAAAGACAAUGGCAAUGAGAGUGGCAACGGCGAAGUCAAGAAUAGCAGAAAUGGUGCCAUCAAAGACAAUGACCACACUAGUGGUGGCAACGAGAAUGGCGGCAAAGGCAAAGGGGUGGUCCGUGGCCUCCGUAUGAUCAAGCACAAAUCUGCUCGUUACAUGUUAAACAACCAGCAGUGUCUCCAGGAGGUGCUUUGAAUGAUUCAGCAAGGCAGUCAUUUUGAGGGGGUGUUUGUUUCCCAAGGGACUAGACUUUUUCUAGUCUCAGGAACUAAAGAAAAAAGUCCCAGUCUUUUUCUAGUCAAAGUCCCUUCCGUUUGGUUGUGUGUGCAGGCAUUCUGGCACUUAAUUUGCUAUCUAUCAGUCAUAGUGUUACUGCUCUCUGUUUCUGCUCCCUGUUUACAGCAAGGAGUACUGACUGUGGUGCUAAGUCAGCUUAAAUAAUCCAUAUUAUUGUAUGAUGAA